AUGGCGGCGCCUACAAGUAAGAAAGAGAUACAACAGUUAGCAAGAAGGUUGGCCUCCUUGACAAGGUUCCUACCCCGGUCGGCGGAGACAACCCUGCCCUUCUUUAAGCUGCUGAGGAAAGAAGCUCAGUACGGUUGGACCUCGGAGUGUGAAGCUGCGUUCCAGGAGAUCAAGAGGCAACUUUCUUCUCCUUCGGUGCUCGCAAAGCCAAGGGAGUCGGAAACUUUAAUUUUGUACUUAUCCGUUGGAGAUGUGGCAGUGAGUUCGGUUCUGGUGCAGGAGAAUGCAGAGGGCCAACAACCGAUAUACUUCGUGAGUCGGCACUUGCAAGGAGCCGAACUUCGAUAUCAACGGCUGGAGAAUGUGGCUUUUGCUCUCCUAAUCUCGGCAAGGAGGCUCCGAGCGUAUUUUCAAGGACAUAGGAUCCUGGUGCGAUCCGACCUGCCAAUCCGGCAAAUACUCCAUAAACCGGAUUUGGCGGGAAGGAUGAUGAGUUGGGCGGUGGAAUUAUCGGAAUUUGACAUAACUUUCGAGAGCCGUAAAACGAUCAAGUCUCAGGCAUUGGCCGACUUCGUUCGCGAGCUCACUUCAAUCCAAACGACGGAUCCUGCUAGCCUGGAUAUAUGGAAUGUGUAUGUUGAUGGGUCUUCUAAUGCAAAGGGGAGCGGAGCCGGGGUAAUUAUUGAAAACCCUGACGGCGUUGCAAUUGAGUACUCUAUGCAAAUGGACUUCGAAACUUCCAACAACCAGGCUGAGUAUGAGGCCCUCAUAGCUGGACUGUUGCAGGCACAAGAGCUCAGAGCUCGAAAAGUGAAGGUUUACAGUGAUUCUCAGUUGGUCACUUCACAAAUUGAAGGAAGUUACCAGGUCAAAGGACCCCUACUGGCCAAGUAUCUUGAGCAUGCAAGACGAAUAAUGGCAGACUUCGAAAAGGCAGAGGUUAGUCACAUUCCAAGAAGUGAGAACAGCAGAGCGGACAUAUUGUCCAAGCUGGCGAGCACCAAGGGAUGGGGAAACCAAAGGACCGUGAUUGAGCAAAGUAUCCUAGAACCAACAUGCAUCAUGCAGAUUUCCCAGGUGAAUGAUUGGCGUACUCCCAUUAUUGAGUACGUCGAAAAUGGAACGUUGCCUGUCGACAGAGCAGAGGCCAAGAAGCUAAUCCGAGAUGCAGCAUCAUACACUAUAAUAGAGGGACAACUUUAUAAGAAAGGUAUUUUCACCUCUCUGUUAAAAUGUUUGAACUCGGAUAGGGCCCAGUAUGUUCUAGCAUAG